GUGCGUAUAUGUCAGAUUACUUGGACGUUCAGCAUUUUACCGGGAUCUGUCAUCAAAAAAUUGUUGGAAAAAAUAGAUGUUCAGUGGAAAAUUCGUCCAUUUGUGAAGUGUUAGGUUUGAAUAAUGUCGAAACCUGAGCAGGUACUCAUUAUAGAACCCCAAAAUGAACUUAAAUUCAAAGGUCCAUUUAAUGUGCCUGUUACAUCUUAUAUGAAGUUAACAAAUCCAUCAGAAACAACAGUGUUCUUCAAGAUCAAGACUACAGCCCCAAAAAAAUAUUGCGUUCGACCUAAUUCUGGCAAGCUGUUGCCCAAGGAAGUGGCGGAAAUUGCAAUAACCCUUCAACCGUUGGAAUCUGGCAUAGACAAGAACAAACACAAGUUCAUGGUGCAGAGUUGCUUUGUACCGGAAGUUUUACCGGAAGAUAAUAUCAAUCCCUUCAAUGUCGAUCGCAUGUGGAAAAUGCUACCGCCAGAAGAAUUCAUGGACUCCAAGCUGAAGUGCGUCUUUGAACUUCCCCCAGAGGAAGCCAACAAGGAGAGGAAACAGGAAGAACCAGUUGAAGCAAGUCCCAAUGCCGUGCCCCCAGCCGUACCCAAUGAUCAGACAAAUGUUGUGACUGAGUUGAAAGAAUUGCGGGAAAGCGAACAUUCACUGAGACAAGAAAAUAUUCGACUGAAAGAGGAAGUUCUACGUCUGAAGAUGGAAAAUAGAGGCAAUUUAAAAACAGAAACGGUGAACAAAUAUCAGCCGCCGGCGUCGCAGGAAAACAUGGCUGUUCUGAUCAUUGUAGCUGUAGUUUUGGGCAUCUUAGGCAUGAUACUGGGAAAAUUCAUGCUCUGAAACUCUCAAAGAAAAAGACUUAGCUUCAUGCCGGGACUCCACUGUAUUAUAUAUUUAUUACAGUUAUUUCAUUAUAAUUAUAUACUGUAACAUAAAUAAAAUUCUAGUGCAUACGCCACAUGUGUAUGCUACUUCUUGGUGGCUCUCGUUCCAUUCAUUAUCUGCUGUUUUUAUACAUUUUUAAUUUUCGUUGCACAUUUUUAACAAGUAUAUACUUCCACUUGUCUGUUCCAUAAUAUUGAUCGUAGUUUUAUCAUGUUUUGGCUGUUUUCUUUAAUUUUUAAGUAUUAUUUUUAAAGUUCAUAUUAAAUUUCUUGUAUAUUUUUCUUUACAACAUGACCCCUUGUUUUGAAUGUAGCAACUGACGAGUGGGUGUGCAAAUAAAUGUUCUUAUGUAAAUAUAUUUAAUUUCUUCAUUCGACCCGCUUUUGAAUUUCUUGAAAAAAUCAUCAUUAUUGAGAACCCGAACGGAGGAAUUUUCAGUUUACCAACAAUGAAAGCGAUUAAUUUGAUUAAAUAAAUAAUGAUUAUUAUAUCAUUCUUUCAAUUUUUUUCACCUUGACUGAACUUUAUGUUCGUGAAGGUUUUAUCGAGGUGAUUGGAUUUUCCUUCUUUCGGAUGUUGGAUAAAUUUUGGUGUGAUUAUAUUUUUUCUGAAAAGUACACAGGAACAGUAGCAAAGAAGCGUUCAUAAUCUUGUGCACUAGAUAAUUCAGUAGUUCCUUGAUCACGUGUUCUUUGAAUUGAAUGGAUGAAAAAAGAAGAAGAAAUAUGUGUUGAGGCUUGAAGCAUCUGUUCAUAUGUAUUAUAAUUUUAAACAUCUUAUAAGUUUUGCAUCAUCGGCAUGGUAUAUGUAACUUCAACAAAUAAACUAUAAUUCUGUAAUUGUUA